AGCCGACACCGAUAUCCACAGUUGAUGUGCUGCUGUCUCUUCUCAACUGGCGAUGCCGCCGACUCGAGCGCACUCCUCGUCGACCGAUCGCGGUCGCCGCGCGGGCCGCGGGUCGCUGACUGGACUCAAUGCGAGUGGGGCGAGCAGCUCGGUGCAGGCGCCUUCGCGCAGGUUUGGGCGGUGCGGCUUCCGCCGUUCGGGGACGUGGCGGCCAAGGUCCUCCGAGAAGAUCAGCGCGGUGACCGGGCCGCCGCCUCGGACAUCGCACGCGAGGCCAGCCUCGUGUGCCGCUUGUGCCACCCUCAUGUGCUGCACGGGCUGCUGGCGCACGACCACCCGGCGCACGGCACCGUGCUGGUGCUGCCGCGCAUCGCCUGCACGCUCGCGCAACACUUCCGCCCCCCCACGCAGCGCACGCCCUGCGACGACUGGCGGCUCGCGCGCGACUGGCCGCUGCGCCGCGUGCUGCUCGUCGGCCUGCAGCUGGCGUCGGCGCUCGACUACCUGCACGAGCAUGCGCUCGCCGAGCACCACGUGCUGCACCGCGACCUCAAGCCGGACAACGUCGGCCUGCUCGGAGAGAGAGGGCCGCGUGGCGUGCCCUGCCUGCUCGACUUUGGCUGCGCGCGCAUGGCGCCGGAGGUGUACGAGGGGCGUCCGUAUGGGAGGCGGUCCGAGAGCCACUCCUUCGCCCUUCUGCUGUGGCACUUGCUCGCGCGCGAGCCGCCGUUUGAGGCGCUGAUUGGGCUGGGCGGGAAGCGGGCCUUCGAGGAGGAGGUGGUGCAGGGCGGCGUGCGGCCCCGCCUCUUCCCCGAGUGGCCCGUCGAGCUGGCCGCCCUGCUCGACGAGUGCUGGCAACCGGCGCCGCACAGGCGGCCACGCAUGGCGCAGCUCGCCACGCCGCUGGUGUCUGCCGCCGAAGUGCAGGUCAUGGCGCGGCCGCCCUCCGACGCGCCGCCAGGCGUCAGCUAG